AUUGACGGUCGUUUUGAAAUAUCGCAAUUAACCAUCAAAUCAUCGCCAUUUCCCAACUAUCUCUGAGAACGAAAGCCUUGCAUUGCUCGCCGGCCUCCGAAAACUCGAACGAACGCGUCGCUUUGCGUGUUCGCGAAACGAACGCCUCGCUUCCUCCCUCCCUUCCUCGUUCGAUCGAUUUCGAGCCUCUCUGCUCUGUCGCGCGGCCUCUUUUUUACCGAUCUGUGCAAGCUUCGGCGGUUUGUUUCAAGAUCUCAGCAUGCUUCUUCAGCAUUGUUUCCAUAAUUGACUCGGAUGCAAAGUAUGUUUGAAGAUAUUAUCAUGAAUCCUCAGUCAGAAAUGCAUGCAACUGAAAAUGGAGGAUUUGGCAACUCAGAUGAAGCUUGUAAUCGAGUUGUUAAACAAACCCAAAUUUUUGAAGGCAUGGUUGAAGAGCCAUCAGCUGCGUUAAGGCAUCAUUUUGGACAUAAGUUCCGUGAGGUGAUCCUAGCAAAGCAAGGUUGUAUUGCUGAUCUUCCUGCUUCUAAAAUAUCAGAAUUGAUGAAAUCCAACAGUUUAGAUGCUGCCCCGAUUCAUUCACUGUUCAGUAUUGUGAACAAAAUUUUGGAUGAAAGCAUUGAAAAGAAGAAUGGGGAUAUUCCUCAACGCAUGGCAUGUUUGCUAAAAAAAGUUGUGCAAGCUAUCGAUGAGCGGGUUUCAACUCAGUUUGAAAACUUAAAAAAUCAAAAUGAUAUAUAUAAGGCCCAUGAAGAGAAAUGUCAAUCGAAAAUCAGAGUACUUGAAACCAUUGCAACAGGAACUACGGAAGAGAAUGAGGUUGUAAUGAAUCAGCUUCAGCGGAUAAAGAUUGAGAAGACCAAAAUAGAGGAGAAAAAGAAACUUGAAGAGCUGGGUAUGGUUAGAUUAAAGAAAGAGAAGGAAAAUACUGUUGCUGAGGUUUCUGCACUGAAGCAGGAGCUUGAAACCACCAAAGUGGCCCAUGAAGAGCAUUGCUUGCUAUUAGAAGCACAAGCUAAGGAGAGUGAGUUUGAGUUAAGGAAUAAGUUAAAGGAACUUGAGUUCCUUUUGUCUGAAUCAAGAAAGGAGGUUAGGGAAGUCAAGGCAUUUUCUGAAGCUUUAUCUGAGAGAUUGAAAAAGAAAGUCCUCAGCUACCAGAACUUAAUAGAUUUUCAGUUUGGAGUUCUAAAGGAAUUAAGGGUUGCUUCUGAUUCCAUAAAGCAAGAUGUCUUGAAGACACAAGGAAGUUACUUGGAGGAACUUAAUCACUUGGGGUUAAAGGUUAAAGGCAUAGCGGAUGCGGCUGAAAAUUACCACAUGAUUCUUGCUGAAAAUAGGAGGUUGUACAAUGAGGUUCAGGAUUUGAAAGGAAAUAUUAGAGUAUAUUGCCGGAUAAGACCAUUCCUUCCUGGACAAAGUAGAAAGCAUACUACCCUAGAAUAUGUUGGUGAUAAUGGGGAGUUGGUGGUUGUGAAUCCUUUGAAACAAGGAAAAGAUAGCCACAGGCUAUUCAAGUUCAACAAGGUCUUUGGUCCAGUGGCCACUCAAGAGGAGGUAUUUUUGGACACUCAACCUUUGAUUCGGUCAGUUCUUGAUGGAUACAAUGUCUGUAUCUUCGCCUACGGUCAAACUGGCUCAGGAAAAACCUACACAAUGAGUGGACCUGAUAUAUCAUCCAAAGAGGAUUGGGGGGUCAACUACCGAGCUUUAAAUGACCUUUUCAACAUCUCCCAAAGUAGGAAGAAUUCCAUUAUGUAUGAAGUUGGAGUCCAAAUGGUUGAGAUAUACAAUGAACAAGUUCGUGAUUUACUCUCAAAUGGCGGUUAUCAAAAAAGACUUGAGAUUUGGAACACUACUCAACCAAAUGGUUUAGCUGUCCCAGAUGCCAGCAUGCACCCUGUUAAAUCAACUGGAGAUGUUCUCGAAUUGAUGAGUAUUGGGCUAAUGAAUAGAGCUGUUGGUGCUACUGCCCUAAAUGAGAGAAGUAGCCGAUCCCACAGCGUGCUCACUGUGCAUGUCCGUGGCACGGAUUUGGAGACUGAUGCUGUUUUGCGCGGCAAUCUACAUUUGGUAGAUCUUGCCGGUAGUGAAAGAGUAGAUCGUUCUGAAGCUACUGGGGACAGGCUGAGGGAAGCACAACAUAUAAACAAAUCUUUGUCAGCUCUUGGAGAUGUAAUCUUUGCUUUGGCUCAAAAAAGUCCUCAUGUGCCAUACAGAAAUAGCAAACUGACUCAACUUCUUCAGGGCUCUUUGGGUGGUCAGGCAAAGACCCUUAUGUUUGUACAGCUUAAUCCCGAUGUAGAUUCCUAUUCGGAAACUAUAAGUACCUUAAAGUUUGCUGAGAGGGUCUCUGGUGUUGAGUUAGGUGCUGCUAGGAGCAACAAAGAGGGAAGGGAUGUUAGAAGACUUAUGGAACAGGUUGCAUCCCUCAAAGACACAAUUGCUAAAAAAGAUGAAGAGAUUGAGCGAUUGCAGCUCCUUAAGCUAAAUGUUAGUGGUGAGAAGCGUGGGAUCAGCUCAGUAAGGCAUGGGUCGUCCUCUCCAAGAAGGCAUUCCUUAGGGGCGUCUCAACACACGCGUAGGAUCUCAGGAGGGAAAGGAUCAGGACUUGCUAAGAAAGCUGCUUCUGAUCUUGAUAAUUGCUCAGAGUACAGUGAUAAGCAGUCUGAAGCUGGUUCUCAGCAGUCAGUGGAUGAUUUUAGACAUCAGAAGGACUUUCUCGAACAGUCAAAGGUUGCUGUAAAGGAUGCCGGUCAGAAUUUCACUGAAGACAUUGAGCUUUUGGGAUUUGGAGAUGCAGAUUCUGAAGAAAGAUUAAGUGACAUAUCUGAUGGAGGCCUUUCAAUGGGAACAGAGACAGACGGUUCAAUAAGUAGUAUUGUGGAGUACACUCUUUUUCCUGAAACUUCUAAACCCGCUGAGAACAUGGAGAAGCAUAGUGUGUCUGCGGCAUCUGUACCAUCUAUAUCAUCAUCUGUACCGUCCAAGCUCCCAAGGCCCCCACAAAAGCAAGGCCAAACAAAAACUUCCCAGUUGUCAUUGACCCGAAGCCUGUCAAGGAUUCCAUCAAGUUCAAGGAAAUCUGCCAUUGGCAGCUCUUCAGUCAAGCCCCUCAAAAGAUGGCAGUGAAUUUGAAGGGCUAUUGAAAUGGGCAUCAGAAUUGUUGUACCCCUUGGUAGGUAGGUCACGAUUCUAACCAGCUUGUGUUGCAUUCCUUGGAUGGCUUAUUGGUUUGUUUCCCGGGAAUCCCUUGCACUGGAAAAAAAUGAUAUUGACAACAUUUUAGGCUGUAAUAUAUCGAUCAUAAUGUGUUCUAAUUUCAGCAUUUUUUGCCCA